CAUGGAUCUCUUACCAUUGCGAGUCCCUCUUCGAUGUUGCCAAGCCUUUACUUAGGAAGGAAAGUACGGUAAUAUAAAUAAUUUGCGCUUAUGGAUGCGCAGAUACAUAACCGACCGAACAUCGGACAUUCAGCAUUUAGUAUUGUUUGUUGUUCAGUAGAUAGUGUGAUUUAUUGUGUUCGGUGUUAUUUUUAGUCUGUGCCUUAGUUUAUUCUACAGAUAGCGCUGUUUUUGAACAUUAGAGGCAAAAUCGUUUUAAAUUAUAUCCGCAAAAAAAGUUUGAAAGCAAGGUCUUAUUAUACGCAGCCAAGGACGAGAAAUCAUAAGCAAUAUUAUUAAUUUCAUGAAAAAAGAGGCAGAUGAAGGAGUUACUAUUCCUUUGAAAAAUUACAGGGAAAGAGUACUAGCUGCUACUGGGGUGUCAAGGUCUACUUUUCAGGAGAUAUCAAAAGAAGCUCAAAAAGUUGAGUGGAGAGGGCCAAGCACAUCUUUUCAAUCGCCGAAAAAAAUACGUAACACUAAAAAAAGAAAGCUGGAUCGUAUCUCGCCAGAUCAGACAAAGAGCAAACGUGCAAUGCUAAAUUAUGAUGAAAUUACAGGUGUUUUGCAGAAAAUUAAUGACCGGCAAAUCUUGACAGAAGCAAUAAAUGUAAGCAGCUUGAAUCGGCUCCUUAAAAAAAUUGGUUUCAGGUAAUAAUUUUGAUUUUAAGUUGUUCAUUAUUACGAUAAUUAAAACCUUGA